ACCUCACACUUUCGGCUUUGUUUUUCCACUCGUUUUCUGCCUUUUGUUUUUUCAAAGCUUACAGAAAACAAAACGAUAAAAAGAGGCAUUUUUGGAAACCUCUGCCGAGGGUUUUGGUCGCGAAAACUACCGCGAUCUGUACCAUGAAAACCUCGAACAAUGCCCCGAUCUGUCGCUAGUUCGUCCCAAUUGCCGAUUCCCUCGGAUUUGAGAAGAAUGGCGUCGAAUUUGGCAAAGGAUUGAGAAAAUACGGAUAAAUUUAGUGCAAGCAAGAUUUAUUUUCGCCACUCGGGAAAAUUUGGUGUCAUUUCAGGUGGCCGUUAAAAUGAUAUUUAUUGCGGAUGUUUUGACCCCGGUUUCGGAUCCGAGUGGAUAAAAUUCGAUCGGUGGAGUGAGAUUCGGGUUGCAGGUUUUGCAAUGGGCUGUUUCCCCUGCUUUGGAUCGCGCAAAAAAGAUGUUAAUUCCAUCGCGGGUAAGAAUGAGGGUACCGGCAAGGAGGAUCAUUCUGCGUCGUCCACUACCUCGCAUAAUUCCAGGGUCUAUUCAGAAAAAAAGCCAAGGUCAUCAGUCGAUAAUAAAAAGGAGGCACCUGUAGGUGCCAAUUAUGGACCUCCUGCUCAUAUUGCUGCUCAGACUUUUUCCUUUCGGGAGCUCGCAGCAGCUACCAAGAAUUUUAGACCCGAUUGCCUUCUUGGUGAAGGGGGAUUUGGACGUGUUUACAAGGGUCGUUUGGAGAGUGGCCAGGCUGUGGCUGUUAAACAACUCGACAGAAAUGGACUUCAAGGAAACAGGGAAUUUCUUGUGGAAGUUCUAAUGCUUAGUCUUCUCCAUCAUCCUAACCUUGUCAACCUGAUUGGUUACUGUGCUGAUGGUGACCAACGACUUCUAGUCUACGAGUACAUGCCUUUGGGUUCUUUGGAGGAUCAUCUUCAUGAUGUUCCGCCAGAUAGAGAGCCUUUGGACUGGAACACGAGAAUGAAGAUUGCAGUUGGAGCUGCAAAAGGCCUGGAGUAUUUGCAUGAUAAAGCAAAUCCUCCAGUUAUUUAUCGGGAUUUAAAGUCAUCCAACAUUCUGCUUGAUGAGGGUUUUCAUCCCAAGUUGUCUGAUUUUGGGCUUGCAAAACUUGGCCCAGUUGGAGAUAAGACACAUGUCUCUACAAGAGUGAUGGGAACAUAUGGUUAUUGUGCUCCAGAGUAUGCUAUGACAGGUCAGCUCACUCUCAAGUCUGAUGUUUUUAGCUUUGGUGUGGUUUUCUUGGAGCUGAUUACAGGAAGAAAGGCUAUUGAUAAUUCAAGGAGUGCGGGAGAGCACAACCUUGUGGCUUGGGCACGGCCCCUGUUCAAGGAUCGCAAGAAGUUCCCUAAAAUGGCUGACCCUUUAUUACAAGGUCGAUAUCCUAUGCGUGGUUUGUAUCAGGCCCUUGCUGUUGCUGCAAUGUGUCUUCAGGAACAAGCUGCUACCCGCCCUCUUAUUGGUGAUGUUGUGACUGCCCUAUCUUACUUAGCUUCUCAAACAUACGACCCUGGAGUUCUUCCUGUUAACAGCAAUAGAAUUGGUUCCCACUCUAGUGGAGUAGAGGACCAAGAAGAAGUGGGUCAGAAAGAACGUGGGAAGCAUGGUGGGAUUCAGUCACCAUCUCAUAAUUCACCUGAUUUUCGUGCAAAAGAUACUGGACGACAACGCUUGGGCAUUGGAUCUGAAGUUGCAAAUGGACAAGGAGGAGACUCAGGAAGGCGGCUUGACUUGGAUGAUUUGGAGAAGCAGGAUGGGCAAAAAGAUAGUCCUCUUCAUGCUGGAAAAGCACGAGAAGGGCAGAAAAGUUAUAAUCGAGAUCGUGAACGAGAGCGUGCUGUGGCUGCUGCUAAAGAGUGGGGUGAAAACUGGAGAGAGAAGAAAAGAGGGAAUCGGCAAGGUAGUUUUGAUGGGGCUAUUGGAUAGCUAGCUUUUAGUGUUGAUAGGGUGAAAAUUAUGCUAACUUAACCAUGCUUCUCUUGUUUAGAUCAUCAAGCUUUGGUUCAUUGUAGAACAUUAACCAGGUUCAAUGGACAUGAACCUUACAAAAACAGAUUUCAUUUAGUAUUUGGGCAAACUAUGCAAAUGUUAGCUGAGCUACUACCAUGGGAGUAUGGUUUAUGUGCAGAGAUUUGCCUGUCUGGUACUUUGAGUCCCUGGAAAUAUUAUCUAUAAUGGAUGGGCUCAUCAAGCAUGUAACUAUAAAAGAAAGAUAUUUCAUGUUAUUGUUUUACUGUGACUCUGCUCAUGGACUAAACUAAUUCAUCUUUGAGUUCUAAGGCAGUGGAGAAUAGCAGUUUGAUGGAUCAGAGAACAGAACCAGGCAGGUUGAUCUUUGUCCUUUGAAAGCUGUGGAGGAAAUACAGCCAAGUUUAUGGUGACAUGUAAUUUCUGAUGGUCGAAGUUUCCUCAGCAGGGUAGGUGAGAUUUUGUUUGUGCUGCCUGAAGCAAAUAUUGUAUCUAGUUCUUCCGUAGGCAGGAUUGAAGUUGGAGAACUAAUAAAUUUUGUUGCUUAGAUGCAACGAUUGUUUGGAAACUUUUACAAUUGUGGGUUCAGCCACAUUUCAUUUUUCACAUUAAAUUAUACGUGUUUGGCAGGUAGUAGAAAAUAGUAGUAUGUAUACUUAAUCUGGCAUAUGCUAUUCCAGAGUAUAUUAGAAUUCUAAUGUAUUUGCAAUGUUA